AUGAGUAGUAUUACAGUCGCAAUCCAGAUCGCAGCAUUAUGCCUAUUCGUGUCAUAUGCCACUUCGAUUCUUGUCAUUUCACUGGACAAGUUUUAUUUGCUGUAUAAUGCGAUCAGUGAUCUCUACGCUGGCAUCAACCCAUAUCUUCUGUGGAUAUUCUCAGAUUCUCUCCGAAAGUAUAUUUUGAUUCGAAUUGGAUUCAGAAAGAAGAAAAAGGGACCAAGUUCUUCUGUUCUCACUGUAGUUGUACAUUGA